GACGCGCCCAAUUUGGGUAUUUUUUGGAAGGCGGCUCAUAAGGCGACCCGGAAGCGGAAGUCGAAGAACGUUCUAGUAGCUUGAGGUAUCGGCGGGAGCUGCCGAGUAGCGCGAGCAGCCGUUACCAGAGCCGGAGCUGCCGGUUAAACCUGAUCAAGAUGACAACUUCCCAAAAGCACCGAGACUUCGUGGCCGAGCCCAUGGGGGAAAAGCCAGUGGGGAGCCUGGCCGGGAUUGGUGAAGUCCUGGGCAAGAAGCUGGAGGAAAGGGGCUUUGAUAAGGCUUAUGUGGUUCUUGGCCAGUUUCUGGUGCUAAAGAAAGACGAAGACCUCUUCCGAGAAUGGCUGAAAGACACGUGUGGUGCCAAUGCCAAGCAGUCCCGGGACUGCUUUGGGUGCCUUCGAGAAUGGUGCGAUGCCUUCUUGUAGUGCACUCUGGGGACUCCUCAGUCCCCCCAGCCACAGAACCUAGUCUCCAGAGUCAGCCGCUGGGUGGGGCUCCUCUCUGUCCCCAUGAAGGAAAAGAUUGCUGUUGUCACAGUCACCUCCUUUGUACUCCGGGGGUCUUUUGGGAGUUCUCUUCCCCACAGCCUUUCAUCCAUUUUGGAAUUCUUGCCCUUGCAUGCCUUUCCCCUCCUCCCCCUGCAGGUCGAUGGCAACAGCUACCAGCUUUCCUGAAUGGAUUUCUGGCCCCUUUCUCCCUCCCUUCACCAUCUGUUGGAUGUCCUUUGGCUCCCCCCCCCCUUUUUUUGGCAAAAAUAGUCACUCUCCUUAAAUAUUUCUAGAUUAAUAAAGUCAGUGGCCUUCCUAGUUGGUCUUCUGUGUUGGAAAGCAGGUGGACUGGGAGUUGUGUCUUCCCCAGGGUUGAACACAUCUACCUCACUUCUUAUCAGUGCAGACCGAAACUGGUGGCUUCCCUUUCCCCUCCCAAGAGGGAGCCACCCUAGCCAUGUGGGCCUUGGGCAGGUGCCCUAGGUGUCCCAAUUCCUAAAUAAUGUGGGAGAGACAGUGGGUUGAUUUCUUCCUGGGAGCCAGGUAGGCUGUAGGCUUCCAGAUGUCAACAGUUGGUCAAGCAGCACCUGGUGGAAAAGUCAGUAGGAGUCAAAGUUACCAGGAAGAGGGUGGAUAGGAUGUAGGUAAGAGGUCUCCUGCCAGUCAUCAUGUCAUGUGCUCUCCGCCUCUGGGAAGAACGGAUGGGACACUUGCUGUUUGUCCAGCUACCAUAGCAAUGAAAUAGUUAAACGUGAAAACGAAAUUCCUGUCCCACUGUUGUCAAGCUCAUGUGAACAGCCUGAAACUGACAUCUUUGUAAGCAUUUUUAAAUUAUUUCAUUUUGGAGAGGUGAAGAGAUUUGGGGCUCAGAAAAGCAAAUUUGCCCAUGAACUUGCUGCAAGAAAAUAGCCACUUGAACUCAGAUUGUAAUUUGGUAGACUGUUCUGUCAUGGAACCAAUGAUCUCUGAGGCUCAGCUUCCUCAUAUGGGUGAGGGCUGUGGGGACCAGGUACAAUCCUGCUUACACUCACUCCUGCUUGGUGUUCUUUCCACCAACAGAAAGUGUCACUGAUGGGGGGGGAUCCUGCCUCAAAGUGAAGUGUCAGGCUUUGUUGACUCCCCAUGGGAAGCCUUGCCCUUUCUGAGGAGUGCAGGGAAGGGUGGAGAGGGAGUGGGAAUG